AUGGACAGUUCGAUUACUGUUAUUGACUUUGAGACAUUCCUAUCUGCAUCUUUUCCACAUCACAAUAAUUUAUUUACGACUGAAAUGGCUAUUCGUGCCCUUGUCGAGUUUACAGGUCUCUCACAGUGGGAAGUCUCUCAGGUGGUGGAUAUGCAGCACGCAGAACAUAGUUUAGAUGAGAUGCAAACAUACGUCGGACGUUUGUUGGAAGUCAAUCAAAGUUUAUGUGAAGAAGGACGUCGAAUGACGGAGAUGUUGCCAACAAACUCUGAAACCUUAUCACCAUCUAAAAGACACAUUUGGGGAAAUGAUGAUUGUCCAAGUCCAGCACCUAUUGAACCCAAUACAGAAUCUAAUAAAAAGAUAUGCAAACAGUUUCGACAAAAUGGAACAUGUAACUUUGGUUCACGUUGUCUUUAUCAUCAUUCAAAACCACUACAGGAACGUCGAUAUGAUCUCCCUUCGGUGAAAACGUUACCUACACCUUCUCUAGGUAUAAUGAAUCGUUGUGUAGAGGAAUUGGAACAACUAAAGUUGUCUGAUGAAAAUCAAGAACAGAAAUCAAGGUUUGUGAAGCGUGAAAUGUUUGGGGCACUACCGUCAUCUGGGAAUAAUUACUGUACACCUACGAAGAAAACGAAAACUCUUUUAAAAGGACCUGCAAUGACAAUGACAAUGUCAAAAACAAUAACAACAGUACAACAGGAGGAAAAACAGCCACAACAGCAGCACAAUCAUUAUCAACAAGAACAAGUGGAACAGGUAGAACAACAUCAACAGAAGGUUCUUGAUGGGAUAACAUAUCAGGCAUUUGCUCCCGUGAAUAAUGUUGUUAUGGUGCCAUUAUCACUUCCUAAUGGAAAUAUUUACGGUUAUGCACCAUUUCCACUACAUGUGGCAUCUACCCAUGUUGUUCUACAAUAA